GGCAAUGGAUCUUUGGGGACUCUCCUCUACUAUCCUCCUCGCUUGUGUCCUUUUCCUCAUCUUCUUGUCCCUAUGGAGCCAAGGAUUCAAAAAAGGAAAGCUCCCACCAGGUCCCACUCCUCUCCCCUUUGUUGGCAACAUCCUGCAAUUGGAUUUCAAGAACAUGACUGCAACAUUCUCAGAGCUGGCUGAAAAAUAUGGCCCUAUCUAUACUCUUUAUAUGGGAACUCAGCGUGUUGUGGUGCUACAUGGAUAUAGCAUUACCAAAGAAGCUCUAGUUGAUCAAGGAGAUGUUUUUAUGGAGAGAGGAGAUAUGCCAAUAUUUGAUGAUAUGUUGAAAGGACAAGGAGUUGUUUUCAGUCAUGGAGAGAGGUGGAAACAAAUCCGUAGAUUUUCCCUCAUGACCCUAAGGAAUUUUGGGAUGGGAAAGAGAAGCAUUGAAGAAAGAGUUCAAGAGGAAGCCCAAUGUCUGGUGGAAGAGCUCAGGAAAACAAAGGGUCAGCCCACUGAUCCCACCUUCAUCCUUGGCUGUGCCCCAUGCAAUGUGAUCUGCUCUAUCCUCUUCAAUGAUCGAUUCCAAUACAAUAGUGAGAAAUUUCUCUAUAUUAUGAACUUGUUAAAUGAAAACUUUCAUCUGUUGAACAAACCAUGGAGCCAGCUCUACAACUUUUUACCAGCAUUCAGAGUGCACCUUCCUGGAGAACAUAAAAGAAUUUCCCAAAAUGUUAAGGAAAUGAAACAUUUCAUUUUGGAAAGAGUGAAGGAGCAUCAAAAGAAUCUGGACCCCAAUAACCCUCAAGACUACAUAGACUGUUUCCUCUCCAAAAUGCAGCAGGAGAAAGACAAUCCCCAGUCUGAAUUUGACUUGGAGAAUCUUGUAAUGACUGGAGCAGACCUAUUUGGUGCAGGAACAGAGACUACCAGCAGCACUCUGAGACAUGGCCUGCUGCUCAUUCUGAAACAUCCUGAGGUCCAAGCAAAAAUUCAUGAGGAAAUUGAUCGUGUGAUUGGACAAAAUCGAGUUCCUUCCAUAAAGGACAGACAAGAUAUGCCCUAUAUGGAUGCUGUAAUACAUGAAGUGCAAAGAUUCACUGACCUCAUACCACUCAACUUGCCCCAUGCAGUGAACAGGGACAUCCAGUUCAAACAAUAUGUUAUCCCUAAGGGUACAACAAUAUUUCCACUGCUCUCCCCAGCCUUGCAUGACAGCAAAGAGUUUCCCAACCCUGACCAAUUUGAUCCCCAGCACUUCCUGGAUACGAAUGGGAAAUUCAAGAAAAGCGACUGCUUCAUACCUUUCUCCAUUGGAAAACGUUCUUGUCUUGGAGAGGGCCUGGCAAGGAUGGAGUUGUUUUUGUUCCUUACUACUAUUGUACAGAACUUCACCCUCAAACCAGUUGGAGAUCCAAAUGAACUUAGCAUAAAGACCAGUCGUGUUGGGUUCACCAAUGUCCCACCAAAAUACCAAGUACGCUUUCUUCCUCGCUAAGAAAGAAGACAAACUUGAUUUGGCAAAUUAGCCAGAUGGUUUCGUCUUCUGGACUCAAUACUCUCAUGCUUUUGACUGGAAUUCCCUUGAGGGAAAUAAUAAUUCCCAUAUAUUGAUUAAAAUGAUUCUUCAUUUCCAGAGACAACAGAGGCUGGCAGAUUGCUGUUUGAUGAACCACCUGUUGUGUGGAAGGGUAUAUAAGCUGUGAAUCCACCACCAUUUGGGGCUUUGUUAAGAUAGAGACAGACAAUGACCAAAAAUUAAUUUGAAUCUAAAUAAUCGCAUCCUAAAGAAUGAGUGGGUUAAACAACAAAUCAUAGAAACAAUCAACAACUUCAUUCAUGAGAAUGACAGCAAUGAGACAACCUACCAAAGCCUAUGGGAUGCAGUCAAAGCAGUACUAAGGGGAAAUUUUAUAUCUGUAAUUACCUAUAUGAGUAAAAUAGAGAACGAGGAGAUCAAUGAAUUGGGCAUGCAACCAAAAAAGCUAGAAAAAGAACAAAUGAAAA